GGCUCCCCGCGGCCCCGGAGGUUUCACUGCACAACAAGAUGGCGGCGGCGGCGGUGAGCGGAGCUGGCGGGGCUGCCGGGGCCGCAGCGGGGGGAGCCGGGCCGGCCGGCCGCCUGCUGCCUCCGCCCGCCCCGGGCCCCCCGGCCGCCCCUGCUGCCGUGCCCCCGGCGGCUGGCCCGCCGCGUCCCCCUGCUCCGACCUCCCGCGGGCCAGUGCCUGCCCGCAUCGGCUACUACGAGAUCGACCGCACCAUCGGCAAGGGCAACUUCGCGGUGGUCAAGCGGGCCACGCACCUCGUCACCAAGGCCAAGGUCGCUAUCAAGAUCAUAGAUAAGACGCAGCUAGAUGAAGAGAACUUGAAGAAGAUUUUCCGGGAAGUUCAAAUCAUGAAGAUGCUCUGCCACCCACACAUCAUCAGGCUUUACCAGGUUAUGGAGACAGAACGGAUGAUUUAUCUGGUGACAGAAUAUGCCAGUGGAGGGGAAAUAUUUGACCACCUGGUGGCCCACGGCAGAAUGGCAGAGAAGGAGGCUCGUCGCAAGUUCAAGCAGAUCGUCACAGCUGUCUAUUUUUGUCACUGUCGGAACAUAGUUCAUCGUGAUCUUAAAGCUGAAAAUUUGCUUCUGGAUGCCAACCUGAACAUCAAAAUAGCAGAUUUUGGCUUCAGUAACCUCUUCACUCCCGGACAGCUGCUGAAGACCUGGUGUGGCAGCCCUCCAUACGCUGCACCCGAACUCUUCGAAGGAAAGGAGUAUGAUGGGCCCAAAGUAGACAUCUGGAGCCUCGGGGUCGUCCUCUACGUGCUGGUGUGCGGGGCCCUGCCAUUUGACGGGAGUACGCUGCAGAACCUGCGGGCCCGAGUGCUGAGUGGGAAGUUCCGCAUCCCAUUCUUCAUGUCCACAGAGUGUGAGCACCUGAUCCGCCACAUGCUGGUAUUAGACCCAAACAAGCGCCUCUCCAUGGAGCAGAUCUGCAAGCACAAGUGGAUGAAGCUGGGGGACACCGACCCCAACUUUGACCGGUUAAUAGCUGAAUGCCAACAGCUGAAGAAAGAAAGGCAGCUGGAACCCCUGAACGAGGAUGUGCUCUUGGCCAUGGAGGACAUGGGUCUGGACAGAGACCGGACAGUACAGUCAUUAAGAUCUGAUGCCUAUGAUCACUAUAGUGCCAUCUACAGCCUGCUCUGUGAUCGGCACAAGAGACACAAAACCCUGCGCAUUGGAACAUCUCCUAGCAUGCCUCGAACCAUGGCCUUUCAAGCACCAGUCAACAUCCAGGCGGAACAGGCUGGUACCGCCGUGAACCUCAGCGUCCCACAGGUGCAGCUAAUCAACCCCGAGAACCAAAUUGUGGAGCCGGAUGGGACAGUGAACUUGGACAGUGACGAGGGCGAAGAGCCUUCUCCUGAAGCCCUGGUGCGCUACCUGUCCAUGCGGAGACACACAGUGGGCGUGGCUGACCCGCGCACGGAAGUUAUGGAAGAUCUGCAGAAGCUCCUCCCUGGCUUCCCUGGAGUCAACCCACAGGCUCCAUUCCUGCAGGUGGCCCCCAACAUGAACUUCAUGCAUAACCUGCUGCCCAUGCAAAAUUUGCAACCCACCGGGCAGCUUGAGUACAAGGAGCAGUCUCUUCUGCAGCCACCCACCCUACAGCUGCUGAAUGGCAUGGGCCCCCUCGGCCGGAGGGCAUCAGAUGGAGGAGCCAAUAUCCAACUCCACGCCCAACAGCUGCUGAAGCGCCCACGGGGACCCUCCCCACUUGUCACCAUGACACCAGCAGUGCCCGCAGUUACCCCUGUGGAUGAGGAGAGCUCGGAUGGGGAGCCAGAUCAGGAAGCUGUGCAGAGGUACUUGGCAAAUAGGUCCAAAAGACAUACACUGGCCAUGACCAACCCUACAGCUGAGAUCCCACCGGACCUCCAGUGGCAGCUAGGACAGCAACCUUUCCGUUCCCGGGUCUGGCCCCCUCACCUGGUACCUGAUCAGCAUCGCUCUCCCUACAAGGACUCCAACACCCUGCACCUCCCCACGGAGCGUUUCUCCCCCGUGCGCCGAUUCUCAGAUGGGGCUGCAAGCAUCCAGGCCUUCAAAGCUCACCUGGAAAAAAUGGGCAACAACAGCAGCAUCAAACAGUUGCAGCAGGAGUGUGAGCAGCUGCAGAAGAUGUACGGGGGGCAGAUUGAUGAAAGAACCCUGGAGAAGACCCAGCAGCAGCAUAUGUUAUACCAGCAGGAGCAACACCAUCAAAUUCUCCAGCAGCAGAUCCAAGAUUCUAUCUGUCCUCAACCUUCUCCACCCCUUCAAGCUGCAUGUGAAAACCAGCCGGCCCUCCUCACCCACCAGCUCCAGAGGCUAAGGAUUCAACCAUCCAGCCCACCUCCCAACCACCCCAGCAACCAUCUCUUCAGACAACCCAGUAAUAGCCCUCCUCCCAUGAACAGCCCCAUGAUGCAAUCUCAUGGUGUGGCCUCUCCCUCGCAGUUCCAAGGACUCCCCUCCCGAAGUGCAAUCUUCCAGCAGCAGCCUGAGAACUGUUCUCCUCCCCCGAGCGUGGCCCUCACCUGCUUGGGCAUGCAGCAGCCAGCCCAAUCACAGCAGGUGACCAUCCAGGUGCAGGAGCCUGUGGACAUACUCAGCAGCCUGGCCGGGCCGGCUGCAGGCUCUGCCGGACGGGGAGUGGCCAUCAGUCCCAGCACCAGUCAGAUCCAGAUGCAGCACCGGACCAACCUGAUGGCCAGCUUCAGCUAUGGGCACCGACCCCUGUCCAAGCAGCUGAGUGCUGACAGCGCCGAGGCCCACAGCUUGAACGUGAAUCGGUUCUCCCCUGCUAACUACGACCAGGCGCACUUACACCCCCAUCUGUUUUCGGACCAGUCCCAGGGUUCCCCCAGCAGCUACAGCCCUUCAGCCGGAGUGGGUUUCCCUCUAGCCCAAGCUCUGAAAGUCCCUCCGCUUGACCAGUUCCCCACCUUCCCACCCAGUGGCCACCAGCAGCCACAUUAUACCACCUCCGCGCUACAGCAGGCCCUGCUGUCCCCCACGCCACCAGACUACACCCGACACCAGCAGGUUCCCCACAUCCUCCAAGGACUGCUCUCCCCCCGGCACUCACUCACAGGCCACUCGGACAUCCGACUGCCCCCCGCAGAGUUUGCACAGCUCAUCAAACGGCAGCGGCAGCAGCAGCAACAGCAGCAGCAGCAGCGGCAGCACCAAGAGUACCAGGAGCUAUUCAGGCACAUGAACCAGGGGGACACGGGGAGCCUGACUCCCAGCCUCGGGGGACAGACCCUGAGCGAGCGCCAGGCCUUAUCCUAUCAGAACACUGACUCUUAUCACCACCACCACACCAGCCCCCAGCACCUGCUGCAGAUCAGGCCGCAGGACUGUGUGUCGCAGGCGUCCCCUCCGGCCCCACCCCAGGGCUAUGUGCAGCAGCCGGUGCUCCUGCACUCGGAGAGCAUGGAGGAGGAGGAGUGCUCCUGUGAGGGCGCCAAGGAGGCCUUCCCCGACAGGAAGAGUUCUGGGUCUCUGACCAAAAGCUGCCACGACAGCCCCCUGCUCUUGAGUACGGGCGCACCUGGGGACCCUGAAUCCUUGCUGGGAACUGUGAGUCAUGCGCAGGAGCUGGGGCUGCACCCGUACCACCCCCAGCCGGUGGCUGCGUUCAGUAGGAAUAAAGUGUCCAGCCGAGAGUCAGUCCUGGGGAACUCCAUGGAUAGAAGUUCUCCAGCACAGGCGAUGGAGCUGCCGGACCACAAUGGGCUUGGGUACCCAGCACACCCUGCCAUCAGCGACCACCACAGGCCCCGGACCCUCCAGAGACACCACACCAUCCAGAACAGUGACGACGCUUACGUGCAGCUGGAUAACUUGUCGGGCAUGAGCCUCGUGGCUGGGAAAGCACUCAGCUCUGCCCGGAUGGCAGAUGCCGUGCUCAGUCAGUCCUCGCUCAUGGGGAGCCAGCAGUUUCAGGAUGGGAACAGUGAGGAAUGUGGGGAGAGCCUGGGAGGUCACGAGCACCCAGGCCUGACCGAGGGCAGCCAGCAUUUAAACUCCUGCUACCCGUCCACGUGUAUUACAGACAUUCUGCUCAGCUACAAGCACCCAGAGGUCUCCUUCAGCAUGGAACAGGCAGGCGUGUGACACGGACCAGAGAGUUUGUGUACAGCUCAGGACGGAAAGGCUGACUUUAAACCAACAGUAUCUAGCAGCAUUGCGCCAAAUUGCCAUUGUGUUUCUCUCCACCCAGAAUGCCCUGGCUCUCUCCCUCGCUUUGACUCAUCAGUGUGCUGUUCUCUGGGUUCAGAGGGGGUCUUGCCACGUUCACUUGUAUGACCAAGUCGCUGAGGAAAUAAACAGGAAGUCCACACUCGCCACCUUUUGUGAAAGUGUAUUUGGUGUAUUUGAGUUGGCGGUCUGGUUUGGUUUGGGUUUGGAUGGGGUUAUGUUUUUGUUAUUUUUGUGAAGGAGGGGGGCAUGUUUUCUUUUGGAGGUGACUUUUCCUUUUUUGCUUCCCUUCUGUUUAUCCUUUCUUUUUUUAUUUGGGACAGAAGGACAAAGCAGUUUGCACACUGAGACCAGGGCCCAGAGCCAUGCCCCUCCUAGCCUCUGUCCCCAGAACACUGCCUUUCCUCUGUGAGGCUGUCCUGGGAGUGGGCACUGAAAGGUCACCGCCAUCAGACCUCAGUGGCUGGAGAAGAAGAGAGAGGCAAGGGUAGUGGCUCUGGUAUCUGGAGAGACCCCUAAGCCUACUGCCCGGUAGAUCUUUCUGGCCGGAAUUCCCUGGAAACUGUGUCCAGUCUGACCAAGGUUCCAUGAGCACUCCAGCAAGGAGUCUGGUGCCCUGGUGCUGACUGCCUGCUGCUUAGAGUCUCAGCGUGCCUUCCUUUUGUUGACUAGUCCAGCACCCCUCCUGUUACCCAAAAGCUGGUUGCCUCUGCCAUUAGGCUGGUUCACCCAGGAAUGGUGCAGUGUGUUUCUUCAUCACCUAACAUUCUGUUAUAUUAUACUAUGAAAAAGAUUCCCCUCCACACACACACACAGACACACAUAUAUAUAUAUAUAUGGCUAUGGGUAUGAUAUAUAUAUAUAUAUAUAUAUAUAUAUAUAUAUAUAUAUAUCCUUUUCCCUUCUAGUCUCUGUCACAGGCAAGAAGAGGAGGAGUCUGUCUUGAGUCCUGCCUCUCCCCUCCCUUUCCGAAUCCUCCCUGGGCUUCCUCAGACCUUAUUUUAAUUCUUGAUCAAGUAGGAUUUUUUUUUUUAUAAAUGUCGAUAUAAUUGUUAUUAUUAAUGAUAAAAAUGAAAGGAUUUUUUUUUUCUUUAAGAAAUAUCUAACCAGAUCCUGUUCUAUCUGGACUGUGACUUGCACCUUCUGUUCAAAGGCUUUUCUUUAGACCUUGUCAUUGUGGACGGUUCUCCGUUGUGCCAGUGUCCAGUGUUGUAGUCUCCUCUCACCCGGUGAAGUAACACAUAGGCAAUAGCUAUCAUCCGCUUUCUUAUCGUUAUUUUUCUCCACUGUUAGAAACCAAAGUCUUUUCUGCCAGCUGGGGAAUGACAGAGGAUUGGGGUUCUCUCUGAUCUUCAAGACAAGAGACGUUAGAUGUUCAGACUCCCGGACCCAUUUUCUUGGGAAAGGAGAAAGUCAAGGGUCCCCAGCCCCCUCCUCGUCAUUCCUCCUGAAUUUGCACAGAAGAAAGCGGGUGUCCAGCAUGGCCGUCCUGCUGUUGCCGACGGGACCCCCAUGCAGCUUGUCCUUCUCACUGAUCCGGCAGCUCAGCCCCCUGGUCCCCAUCUCCCUCUUCCAAUGGAUCCCUGCAGUGCAAGAGCCUUUCUAGGGAUCUGCGCUGGAUCCCCACAGUCCGUCCCCACUCCCCGCUCCGCUCGGUGAGGCCUGCAGCUUCUUGCCAGGAGGAAGCGACCAAGAAAACGACCAAGAAAGCACUGACAGAUAUUAUGUGACUGACUUCUGGGCUCCUGCCAGCCCCAGCAACCCCCCUCCCCACCGCGGCCCCCCACCACCCCAUGCUCAGCCUGUUCUGUUUACAUGGUACUGUAUUUCUGGAAGAACAGAUCGCCACCCUCCAGCACCACCCCAGGAAAGCCAGUGAGCUUAUUAACCGUGCCAUCUUGCAAACUACACUUUUAAAGAAAACCAUAGCUUUGUAUUGUAGUGACCGAUAUACGCAGUAUAUGUUGAAUGUAUAUGAAUAUACUUUCCUAUCUCUGUUCUUGGAAAUGUCCGAAGCAAUUUUGUUUUUCCUUUUCCCAUUUCUGUUGAACUAAAAAAAAAAAAAAUAGAUAUAAAAAGAAAAACAAUCUUCAGAUCCAAGUGGCAGUAAGACCUCUGGCCCCUUUCUUUUUAUUGCGGGCACUCACAACUCAUGACUUAGUUGGACAGUAGGGGGAUUGUGAAAAUAAAAAGCUGAUUAUGA